AAGAAGGCGAAGGAUACGGAUGACUACGGGUUGUACCUUCCGAAGGAGGCGCAGCACUACGGCGUGUCCAAGGCGUUGUCUUCCCCGCUCGAUCCGUCCAACGGUUUCGCGCUUCAGUUCGAAGCGCGCCAAGAAGAAGGGUUGGAAUGCGGUGGUGCGUACUUGAAGUACUUGAACGCCGACGAGUACGACGCGGAUUCGUUCGACGGAGACACGCCGUACACGGUGAUGUUUGGUCCGGAUAAGUGCGGCGGUACGAACAAGGUGCACGUCAUCUUCAAGCACAAGUCCCCGCUCGACGGCGAAGUCGAAGAGAAGCACUUGAAGAACCCGCCGCGCAUGCCGGUCGACGAGAAGGUGCAUCUCUACUCUUUGGAGGUCAACGAGGAUAACACGUACACCGUCUCCAUCGACGGCAAGGAGGAACGCACGGGCUCUCUGUUCGAGGACUUUGAGCCGCCGUUCAACCCGCCCAAGGAGAUUGACGAUCCCGAUGACAAGAAGCCCGAAGAUUGGGUCGAUGAAGACAAGAUUCCGGAUCCCAAGGCGAAGAAGCCGGCGGACUGGGACGAAGACGCUCCGGCGAUGAUUCCGGACAUGGACGCCGUCAAGCCGGAUGACUGGCUCGACGACGAACCGGCCCAAGUCGAAGACGAGGAAGCCGUCAUCCCCGAAGACUGGGACGUCGAAGAAGACGGUGACUGGGAAGCUCCGAUGGUGCCCAACCCGGCGUGCGCCGAAGUUUCUGGUUGCGGCGAGUGGACUCGUCCGGAAAAGCCCAACCCGGAGUACAAGGGCAAGUGGUACGCGCCGAUGAUCGACAACCCGAAGUACAAGGGCGAAUGGAAGCCGAAGCAAAUCGCGAACCCGAAGUUCUACGAAGACAAGACUCCAUUGGCGAACAUCGGUAAGAUUGGUGCCGUUGGUGUCGAAGUCUGGACCAUGUCCAAGGGCUUAGUGCUCGACAACAUUGUCGCCGACGAAGACAUCGCCGCCGUCAAGGCUUUCGGUAAGGAUGCGUUUGAGGCCAAGGCUGAAGCGGUGAACUCUGCCGUCGAAGCUCGUGAACAAGAAGCGAAGGCCAAGGCUGAC